AUCAUCUAACUCGUCUCGGUUAACCAUGCGAACCUCGCUCCGAAGAUCUUGUAAUGCCUGCGCGAAGGCGAAACACAGUUGCGAUCUCGGAACUCCCAAAUGUUCACGAUGCCUCAAGAGAAAAGUCACGUGUAUUUACGCAAAUGUGCCUUUGUCUUCAUCAUCGACAACAUCAUCGUCAACACCGGAACAGCCGGCUCGGAGCAGGUCGAUAGAGAAGUCUGAGGUGAAGACGUAUUCGUUGAAGAGCCGAGACUUAGAUUCAGCCUCUCAAGACUCAAUGGAGCUAUUUGCACCGGCUGGCAAUUCCUUCGAUCCGUUUGACUCAUAUCCAGCGACCAGACUUCCCAGAGUUCACGUUCAACGAUUGAUACAGCACUGUAAAGCAUUGUCUACCAAGUUUCAAGAUGGUCUAAUAUCUGACUCAAGGACUAGUUCUCUCAAAUAUCUCUUUUCAAUAUUACCCUUUGGAUCUCAACAUGUCCUCAAAUCCAUUCAUCGUCUCUUGGUGGCCAUUGGCUCUUGCAGAUCCAGCAUUAUUCCAUGUUUCUAUACAGACGGCGUCAUUAGAUGAAGAGAGGCGUGCCCAGAAGGGCUUCCCUAUAUCAGAACUUCUCAUGGUAGAUUCUGUAUCUCUAAUACGGAAGAAGAUAGGGAGUUCGUUGCUGGCGAUUCAAGAUGAGACAUUGAACUCUGUUGUCACCUUGGCUGCCAUUGAACAUGGAAAGGGGAAUAUUGAAGCCAGUAGAGCGCAUAUAGACGGGGCUAAACGUAUUGUUGGGAUCCGAGGUGGACUUGAUCAAGUGAAACAAGUAAGCCCAUUGACCGCGAGGAUGAUUGCUUGGGUAUCGUUGCUCGUCACAGGCUCUCCUCAAUAUGCAAUACAGGACGACCUCGGAAUUGGAGAUGGAGUUGGUCCAACACUGCAAUGGCUUCUCGCAUCAUCCUUCCUUGAAAUACAAGACCCUGUUGUUGACACUCUCCAUCUCGAUCGCGACAUAGCAGAUAUCUUGACUCGACUGCGCGGCAUAUUUCACCAACCGAACGCUUUGAGUUUAUUGGGCACCGAACUUCACGAUCUUACAUGUUUCGUGGUUCAUAAGCUCCUGCUCAUCCCGCCACUCACGGACUCGCCCCAGUCGGAGUGUCUACGAUGCGCCAUGACACUUUACAUGCUUAUCAUACACGGCACAACUUAUUACACGCAUACAGAGUUGGCCAACAGUAUUAUUCAGCGCCUCAAGAGCCAGCUCCAACCUUUAGCAGGUAAAACGGGCAACGUCUUCUUCGGUUCCUUGCAGAUCUGGGUCCUUUCAGUCACAAUUGUCUCGGCUACGGACCCAACAGAUAUUCAAUGGCUGAUAUACGCAGCCAAGAUUGCGGCAAAUGCUAUGGGUCUGCAAUCUUGGGAUGAUGUUGUUGUCCAUUUACAGAAUAUUCUGUGGCUACAGACGGAGCGAGCAGAUGUAUUCCGACAGCAGUGGGAAGCAAUUCUGACAUGAGCACGCAUAAAUAUCAAUUGAAAUAAUUACCACAAAAUUCACAAUCUUGAAAACGAACUCAGAGACACUCUCGAAAAACGUACGACACGUUGAUUCGCGAAUUGGCUGUUGCGGCGCUGCAAUUGCGUAUUCGGUUUCACAAUUUUCGAUCGGAGACUAGUCCUAAAAGAUACUAGUCUCCGCGACGUCAAGUGAUGCUGCAGAGGUAAUAAGGAAGCGAGGCAUCAGGCUAUAACCGGGACCAACGACACCGAACAGAUUUAACAGCAAUGACAUUGGAAUAGAAUAUACCGCUAAAAUUCAAGAUGAAAUUUGAUGGUCUAUUACUGGAAUUGGAGAUCGCUCGGCGGAGGGAGAUGCAACUCAACAUCUGGCAGAACGGGUCAUCCUAUGCAUGGCGUGAUACCAAUUCUGGGGAACUGGAUUACGACACAUUGAGGACUGAGACAGAUUUGAUGUGAUAUGGAUACACAGGUCACCUUCUCCACCUUUCAGAUCGGAGUCUAGUACAUAUGCAGUAAUCUCGAAUCUGGCAAUAUCAGCCCAUCGCAUUUCGAUGACCAUACUGGGAGGCGUAUCAAGUCAAAUUUGCCAAAUCCUUUGUAUUGGAG